AUGGUUCAGUUGUCCUUCUACCUCUUCGCAGGCCUCCUCGCCUCUCUCAACGCUCUGCUCCCCGUCUCUGCCUUACCCACCUCCGACCCUCACCCUCGCUCAUCCCCAGAUCCUGCCACUCAUCGCUCCCAACCCCGCAUCCUCAUCCUCGGCGCCGGCGUCUCCGGCAUCAUCGCCGCCCGCACCCUCCACUCGCACGGCCACUCCAACUUCCUCCUCGUCGAGGCGCAAGGCGAGAUCGGCGGGCGCCUGAAGAGCGGCACCAUCGGCGGCCACACCAUCGAGUACGGCGCGAACUGGAUCCAAGGCACCGUCAACCCGAUCCUCUGUCUCGCUCUCAAGCACGGGCAGAAGACGGUCAACAACGGGUUGUAUGGGAGUAUCACUACGUAUUCCGACACCGACGGUCCCGUCAAUUACUCUGCCACCAUCGCAGCGGCAGAUGCCGCGUUCGAGGCCGUCGUCACGGAGGCUGGGGCACAGAUUACUCAUUAUGGGCCGGACCUCAGCGUGAGGGUAAGUUCGAUAUCUCAACUGCCGUCUUCAGAUACUUCAUUACCAUCCUUCAGGCCGCAGCUUCAAUGGCCGGCUGGCGACCGCUGGGACUUCGAGUACGCCCAAACACCAUCUCAGACAUCCUGGAUGGCGAGUAGUUGGGCUCACAACUUCACCUUCAACCUCUACGGCGACGACAACUUCCUCAACAUCGACCAACGCGGGUACAAACAUUUCAUACAGGCCGAAGCCGCGACGUUCCUCAGGCCUCAGCAGAUCGUCUACAACGCGACUGUGAAGAGCGUCGACUGGUCGCGCGCGCACGCGACUGCGACCCAUUCGGGCCAGAACCUCGUCGCCGUCACCCUCGCCAACGGUACGACCCUCGCCGCCGACUACGUGAUCUGCACGUUCUCGCUCGGCGUGUUGCAAAACGACGAGGUGGAGUGGGUACCGAGAUUACCGGAUUGGAAACGCGAGGCCAUCGCCGCAUUCACGAUGGCGACGUAUACGAAGGUCUUCGUCCACUUCGCCGGUGAGGACCGCUUUUGGUUCGAUACAGAGAUGGCCCUCUACGCCUCCUCCCGCCGCGGCCACUACCCCCUCUGGCAAUCCCUCGACGUCCCCGCGGACCACAAACCCCAAUUCCUCCCAGGCUCGCGCAUCCUGUUCGGUACCGUGACCGGGGACGACGCGCUUGAGAUCAGCGCUUUGAGCGGGGCGACGGAGGGGGAUGUGAGGGCGAAUGUGGAGGAGGUUCUGCGCAAUAUGUUCCCGAACACGACGCUCCCCGCCUUCAAUAUCACCUACCACGACUGGGCCGCUGACCCGCUUUUCCAUGGUUCGUACAGCAACUUCCCUCCAUCUUGGGACCCCGAUCUGCACCAGAACCUUCGCUCAUCGGUCGGUCAUGGGCGUCUGCGCUGGGCCGGCGAGGCGGGGAGCGCGACGUGGUUUGGCUUCCUGCACGGUGCAUACGCGGAUGGGAAGGCCACCGCACUCGAGCUCAUUGAGUGCAUUCGGCUUGGCGAGAAGUGUAGGGAUGACUUCGUACCGAGACCGCGAGGGCCGAGAGGCGCGCCUGUAUGGUCGGAGAGAGGAUAG